CUUUUGUGAAUUUCAUUAUAAUUGUAAUUUAAUUUAGAUCUACAUUAAAAAUGGGAAGUAGACUAAAGUCAGGAAGCAGAUCUAAAUUGAAAUAGCCUCUAUUUCUGUGCUAGAUUUAUAUGAAUCUAGAUCUAUAUUUAGUCUGUUUAUUCAAUACAAUGGAAUAAAUGUUUUCUCAGCAAGUCUGAGUAAGUUUUGUAGUGAGUCUUUUAAAACUCGGUACACUGUUAAAAGUAAAGCACAACAGAUUAAAGAAUAGUAAGCCCGUUCGAACCUCUCUGAAGGUCCCACAAAAAUGGCCACUCGAUCCAAGACUCUACCCGGAAGUAGAUCUCUUCAAGAUUACCUCUUACAGUGGCAGCUUCCAUGGAAAAUACCCGGAUCAACACGAGGCAAUGUGGUUAUGAAAAGAAAGGAGACAAAGCAGCGAUCAUACCACCAUCUGUCUUUAGUCACACGCUUUUACCUAGGGCUUAGGAUGUCAAGAAUACGGUCAUCUAAAGGUCCGCCUAAACAGAUCGUCACUAAGCCAGCUUUCAUUGGCUCUCAAGAAACUGCUUUUUUGACCCUCCACAACAAUAGCAGCGAUCUGACAAUGAAACAUGAAGUGACCACAUCUUGUUGCCCAGUUGAUGGACUAAUGUUAAAUUAUGAUAGUCCUGAGAUCAAACCUGAAAAUAAGGUCGCAAGUGCCCCAGUUUUAGAAGAAAAUGUUGUGAUGGCGGCUUGUCAUGAGAAGAGUCAAGUGACCACAAGAUCAUCCAAGACAAGUCAAGUCCAACAUCACUCCAAAGAUGCCGCCGUGCCAGUUAAAAGAUUGACCAGACGAAAUAAGCGCGGGAAAGAAAAUAUAUCUCCAAACGACAUUGGCCAAAAGAGAAAGACAGCGGCUAGUAAUCCAAUGAAAGAGAUCCAAUCGACACCUCUAAAAACGACAAAACUUGUCGAAAAAUCCAAAGACUCAGCCAAGCCCCCAGAAGACGAGGACACAUAUUUUGCUCAGAUUCAUCACAAAGAUGUUAGAGUCAAAACAAUUGAUGGAAUAGAAGUGAGAAUGAAGACGGGUUUGACGUGCGCCAAACCAGUUAGGGUCGAUCUAAACGAGCCCAUUACUAUGCAGAGAAGUCUUGCUCUCGGCCAUGGAGCAGAUACGACCAAAACCGAGACAACAAAGCUUAGUAUGUGUUCGGUUACUUUGACUAAAAUACAGGACACGUUUCCACACACACUGUCGUAUAGACUUUUCACAGAUAAUAAAUACCUCGACGAAAACAGCGCAAAGACAAAACAAGACUGUGAUAAAAACACGCAGCGAGAUUUGGUUUCAAACUUUAGACCACUCCCUCAAUCAGCUUUAUGUAAGAAAGAUUGUGCAAACAGCUCGAAAGGUAGCCACGCUGAAGAGAUGAUUGACAAGAGCUGUGCACAAGAGAACCAUCUGCGCGCCUUCUCAAAUAACAUUCUGGGGGCACAGCGAAAUGAAAAUAACGUGUCGAUGCAGGAUUGCCCUUCUUCUAUUAGCUCAACAGGAAGUCAGCAUUUGAAAAGUGUGUCGUUACAACAAGAGUCCAGUAGUUUGGUCACGCUACCCUUUCAGCUCUCUGUAAACGACUCGGAUUUCUCUGAGACAUGUAAUAGUAAAGUCAAAACUCAUCGAAGUAUUUUUCAUAAUUCCCAGGCGCACUCUUUUCAAAAAUAUUCCCCGACCAGAAAGAAACAUGAAAAUUCGGUUCAUUCUCCUCAGAACUCCUCCGAGGAGAAUGUUCUAAAAGAAACACAAAGCAAUGCAGAUAACAUUCCUUUCCAACCUAUGUUAAGACAAAUUCGUGUGGCUACUUUUGGGAACAACACACCCGUCUUUGUUUCCUCUGGGCUUUUACAGAAAGGAAUUCGCGACAUGAACGAUUUGCACAAAGCCCAAACAAACGUUGAAAGAAAAGAAUGUAUUCAUGUUGGUUCAAGUAGCGUCGACACACACAUUGGCACUAGGGAAAUCAGCGACAUUAGCGCAUCGAAGAUUAAAAAUCAAAACAAAAGCUGUUUUAAAUCCGAUACUCUUGUUCAGAGCGAGAUCAGUGACUCGUUUAACUCAAAAAAAGAUGACCAUGAUUUCAAUCUGAAAAAGCAAUUGAAAUUAAGUCUGUGCCGAGAACGAACGCAUUUACAGAUGCACGCAGGCACGCUAAAUGUGUCCCAGCCAAACGCGCGAUGUUGUCUUACUAGUCUUUCAGGUAAUGCAAACACAGUAAACCAUGGUUUACAGAUGAUCCCAGUACAAAUGAAAAACGAUUCUCAUAUUAAAACAUUCGGCAAAGUAAGUUCUGAUGAAAUUUCCUGCAGUGACAAAGAAAGUGAAGAAUCAGGCAACAAAAUAGAUACCUUCAGGUCAUACUGUGACCCACUAGACGACAAGGCGGGGCUACCAAACAACAACGUUCUACCAACACUGCAACCUGUGCUGUCACAAAAUGUCGUGUUAACCCCGAACCUAAUAUUUGAUUACACUUCUCUGCGACCUACAACUUCUCAAACCUUCGAUCACAAAUCUAAAUGUAAUCUCAGUUUUCAGCUAGCGUUCGUGAGCAAAAAGAUAUUUGGAAUUGAGAGCGCCAACGGAGUUUCUUCCUCUCAAGCAGACGGUCAGAAAUGCUCGGUCCAGUUUUUCACGCAUGGUGGAUUUAGCAUACCUGCCUUUGCUUACAGCGGUAUGUCUCCCAAUGUUCACCUUAUAAACAAAAGCCAACCUUUCCCAACUCCUGCUUCGGAUCUACUUAGCAACGUUGCCAACUCGCCACCAGCCUUUUACAGGCAAGACAACACACUUGGUUCAAAAAUAAAAGCAUCAGACACUAAUUCUAAAAGUCUGUUUCCAUAUUUGAAUCAGGCAGACCCGAACAUUAUCUCGUUCAAUCCGCAUUGUGGGAUUCAAAAUUCUGCUAGUCUAGUUGCAAACAGCGCGCAUUUCUUCAAAAAGGGAUCCUCAUGUGGUCAAUCUUUACCCAGCUGUUGCACAUCUGCGACUUGCUGCCUAGCUUCUUGUUCCCCGGAUUGCUCGAAUCCAGCAAGCAUGGUGAACUCCAAGUGUGUGAAGGUCACUCAAGCUGAUAUUCCCGCCAAAAAGAGAGGCAGGAAAAGGAAAGUCCUAAGUGUAGCUACACAAAACGAAAACUCUGGAGAAGGCGCUUCGGACUCAGCAAAUCUUCAAUCUGUGGGAUCAAAAAGCACGAAAAACGACAACAUGUGCCCACUCUGCUGUCGCAUGUUCACUCGCUCGUGGCUACUGAAGGGUCACAUGCGUACGCACACGGGCGAGCGUCCAUAUCUCUGUUCGCACCCGAGCUGCGGCAAAGCUUUUGCCGAUCGCUCGAACCUGCGUUCCCACAUGCUGAUACACUCAGUCGCUGCCCGCAGUUAUCCUUGUCCCAAUUGUGGACGAACAUUCUCCCAGAAGAGAUAUCUUCAUAAACACAGUAUCGAGGUCUGCAGAAUAGCCGCCGAGUGAAAGUGGAUCAACGAAACGAUGCUGAAAUAAAGUUGAACAUGCAGCCAACUUAAGUUUAGUUUCGUACAUCAGCUAUUCCUUAGUGAACUCAUCACAGGAGACGUGUACGUGUGACGUGAUGCCGGAAAUAAUUCUAUCGUAUGCUGACUCUGCACUUCGACUACAGGUACUUAAAAACCCGUCUCUCUUCCUGCUAUUACUAUUAAAUUGUCAGUAGUUAAUAAUAUUAUACGGUCAUUAGAGUUUGACUAGGAAAAGAAAACACAACAAAACAAGUCUAAGCAAUGAUCUCACUACUCCCAAUCGCAAAAUGUUCAUGGCCAUUACAUUAGACACAAACUUUUCCUGUGACUUCUGUUUGAGGCCAUUGAAUAUUUUAUGUAUCUAUUAAUCUAAAUCUGAUAUAUACGAUUAAAAAGAGACAUUGUAAGACCAUAACAGCUCAUUACUUGCCUCCACCAGGACCCCAGUCUAAGUGCAAUGUGUAUGUGUAGGAAACAAUAAACUAUUUUAAAAUG